AUGCCACGAACUCGUUCUUCCACCUCGUCCGGAGACAAGUUUGCCUCCAAGGGUCACAGACCACAGACCAUUGAAGAAAUUAGCAACACCACGUUCCGACUGCGUACUUGGAGUCACUUCACACAGGGUAUACUUAGUCUGGGUGUCCGACCUGGCGAGGAAAUAAGUACUUGGUCAACACUAGAUCCGGCUCUUUACACCCCAACACCUUCGAAGCCAUACCAGGGCAUCUUCGUCGGUGAUUAUGCAAGUCAUGGCUGUGAAUUCUUGUUAGUCAUGCAAACCGCCGAAGCACCUCCAACUCGUGACGGAAUGAGCGAUGCAGAAAGCGACGAUGAUGGAGUUGAUGAUGGCACAGGUACACGGCAUAGAAACUACAUUACUGCGCUGCUGGCUGCAUUGCGAGAACAACACUUUAUUGACGAUGCGGAUUUCGCUAGCAUGAAUAAUAUUACCGUGCAAGGCCAAUCUACAAAUGCUCAUCACCCUGGUGGAAGUGAAGUCACACCAAACGUACCAGAUCCAGACGGCAGCAUACACCAGGGCGCGAUUGAGGCGAUCAAAUUGACAGGCGAUGUAAAUGUACCAAGAGGCGAGCAUACGUUCAUAGCAGACGAUAUCGGAGCUGGUGGGCUCAUCAGAAUCGCCGGUGAACAUCCCUUCAAAGGUGCAAGAGUAGUUAGGUCAAGGGGCCACGUUGCCCACAGGUUUUUCAGAGAGGGCAAGUUGAAUCAUUAUCACGAGAUUGCGACAGGGGCUAACGUGGAGAUAGACAAAUUCAUACCUAGCCAGCUCUUUUUGAUUAGUCCCGAUCUGCUGGCUCAAUAUUGGUUACCGUACGGGCAUAUCUCGUUCUACAAGAGGAUUGAUGUAGACUCGUUACUGGCUGGUGCUGCUAGAGAGAGACGAAGCAGUGAGUGUUAG